AUGGUGAUCAUAUUCUCAAAAACACUGGAAAAUAAGAAGGGUGUCGAUGAUGUAAGGUCCAAGGACACUGAAUUACUGCUGGUGAGUACAACUCUGCUAGACCUAUAACUAAAGCACUGUAACAAGUACCUUACAGGUGCCUCUCUCUCAACUGACCUUGGAAACAUGAGUCUUGGGCUCUCUACUGCCUUCUCUACAGUACAGCGUAUUGUAGUUUUUGGCAGGGUGCUUGCCACCAAGGUCUUAAAUUAAUUGAUAUGGCCUCUAGGUUGGCCCUUCUAAAUAAAUUGUAUAUUAUUCUAUCUCAGCAGUCGAUGACAUACAAGGGCUGCUUUUCAAAUCAAGCAAUUUGGGUGAAAAGGCUUCAACAGAAAUGGGGCCCAUUUGAGUAGUUUUACCUCUUUAUAGCCACCAGUGUGUACUGAAAGGUGUCUAGCAGCGCUGACAUAACACUGUAUUGUUGUGACGAUGAACCUAGUGUGUCUCCCAGUAACGUUAAUGACUCUGUCCCUUUACCCUAUUUCUCUAUGAGCCUGCCUGCACCACCCUGUUUGUUCUCUUUUCUGAAUUGUUCUGUACAUUCUAGGACAAACAGGGAUAGGGGAUAGGUGUGUGUGUGUGCGCAGGUGCUCCUUCAUGUUCGAUGCUUGAACAGUUAUGUACGGACAUGUUUAGAGUCUGAUAGUCUAAGCCAUGUCCUCUUUGUCUGUUCCUCCAUCUCUCCAUCAACAGCGUGAGCUCCACACCAUGAGCAGAGGGACUACCCUCUUCUCCUGUGGCACUGUGGGUGAGUGCAUCCAUCCCUCAGACUAUGGCCUUUGCUCUGUUAUCCUCACCAUUACGUUUCUUACCGUCUUCUAUCAGGCUUUAUCUUCAUUUUCUUUGUGUUGUUCACCAGCUUUAUGUCUUGUUAUAAGCUCCCCUCCUCUAUAACUGUUUCUGCUGAUCCCCUUCUGUCACUCUCCUCUCUUUUUCUUUCAUGUCCAGUGUGCACCUGCCUUCACACAGAGCUGUGCACUUUUUUUAUAAAACCUUUAACUAGGCAAGUCAGUUAAGGACAAAUUCUUAUUUACAAUGACGGCCUACACCGGACGACGCUGGGACAAUUGUGUGCCGCCCUAUGGUACUCCCAGUCACGGCCGGUAUACAGCCUGGAAUCGAACCAGGGGGUCUGUAGUGACGCCUCAAGCACUGAGAUGCAGUGCCUUAGGCCGCUGCGCCACUCGGGAGCACUCAUGGGACUUAAAAGUAAUUGAGUGUUGUGUUGCCUUUGUCAAUGAUUUCCUUGGCUCAUUGAAUAUCACACUCCUUACCCCAUGUGUUGAAAGACAAGCUACUGUAUAUAAGAGUCCGAUUAGACCCGCCCUGUCAUCUGUCCCAUGUACCGGAGAGGGGGUAAAACAAAGGGAUGCACAUUGCAUAUGUCCUACAACUACUGUAUCUGUUGUUACAGCUGACAUUACAAGACAUUGUAUACUAUUAUAUGGCUCUUGGUGGGAUUUCAGUCCUUUGCUGAACACAUUUUUCACUGUGCGAGGCUAUUUCUUUUAGAUUCUUUCUCCUAUUGUCAUUUUGUAUUCUUGACAUUCUUGUCAGGUCAUGUCAUAGCCCCCGUCCAUUGUUCUUUGGGACUGAAAAAUACUUCUGCCCACCAAAGAGAGUAGCAUUUGAAGGGAUGGAUUUGGACAGAGAUGAGCCCCUGGUUGCCAAUUGGGUAUCAAUAGAGUUCUGUGCUAGCUUUGAGAUCAGUAGCGGCUACGUUAGCCAGAACCAGUGUGGUGUUUUGCCCACUGGACUGUCAUAUUCUUCCUUUGUGCCUGUGAUGAGUAAUGUUGGCAUAGUCAUUUGACAAGUUCUGUCUGAAUUUAAACCAAUCAAGUCAGGCUGCAAUUCUGUCAUUGAUGGAGGAAGCCACCAUCAAAGAAUAGUUAGCCUAGCUAGCCUAUCUUUCUAACCAAACCAGCCUUCGGACUAAGACAUAUUUCCCAGUCAGAGGACUUUUGGAAGUUCUCCUUCAGUCUAAACUUGUCUGCACUUAACUUUUCAGUUGGAGAAACCCCCAUCAACAGUCAAACAAGUGGCACAACAUUGGCCAGUUCAUAGACCUGAAAGUCAGUGUUUGUUAUGUGACUGGUACCGUUGUUGGCCAAACACCACCGUGCCAAGUUUGGUUAGCUAAGCAUUCUGUGACAACUGAAGCGUUCUGUGACAACUGUAGUGCUAUAUAAUAAAAAAUGUGAUUGAUUAAUGACACACGUAUGUUGUCAUUUGACAUUUACGUGUCUAGUAGAGGCUGCCAGGUUGCUUGUAGAAUCCUGUAAUACCAAUAAGCUCAGACUAUUUCCCUGCCAGCCAUAAUGCAACUGUUGAUCUACCCAACUCAGGAGCUAGCAGCUCUGUUUCAGAUAGUGUACUGUCAAGCAGUGUAGCUUGGGUUGAACCAAUCCCCUGUCUAUAGCUAGCUGUUUUUUACUAUCCUGUCUUAAACCACCUUUACCGAGAAUCUAGACCUUGAGUAAUGUGCUCCAUCUCUCUCUUUUAGAGUUUCUACAGAUUUGACGAUACUCACCAGGACACACUGUACUGUCUUACUAAUCAAGAGCUGCUACUGCUUACUGUCUAUUGUUUUCUGAAGUGUGUGUGUGUGUGCAUGUGCAUGCGUGUGUGGUUAUUUACUGGGUUGAUCAUCCUAAGGUGAGGCCCUACGUGAAGAAGAUGCACACUGCACAUUGAACCUCACCCUGGAAGCUUAGCCCUGUUUUCCCUGUCGUUAUUGCCUCACUUAAAGCUACACUUUAUCUUGACAUAGCCUCUGUAGAGGAGAUAAAGUGGGAUUUCCAAAACCCCAUGAGAUGGCAAAUGGGAGCUUAUGUUGCCAGAGGGGGGACAAGUAAUAUAGGAGGAGCAUUAUGAGGUAUUAUGAUACUAAUGAUUUCAAAUGACAAGCUUCCCAUCUGUUCUGUCUGGAUUUAUAUGCCCACUUGGAAAUUACAUUAAGUCAAAUUAGAUUAUAUAUACAGUAUAUAACAUAUCUGAGUUUAAUUGUCUGUUCAUAUGUGUGUGUUCAUGUAUUUAUUCUGUGUCCUUGUGUUCCAGAGGCAGACAGGUGGCUGGACCUGGGCAGAGGCUGUGCCAUCCAGCGAGGGACCCCCUGCCAGUCCAGCGCCAGUCUGGAGAGCCUGUGGGACGUUCUGCCCGAGGAGUGCCAGCGGAGUAGCCGGGUCUGGGGCCAUGAGGUGGGCACCGCCACCGCCAUCACCAGCCUCAUCCGAGAUCUCAACCUGGGCGAUGCCAAGCUGGCAGCCACCCAGUCCCUGGCCCUCGCCACCUCCACCUCAGCUGCCACGGCGCCCCCUAGCAAGCGCCAGUGCCGCUCACUCUCACUCUCCUCCGAAGAGUUUGGGGGCUGCCGGUCGUCAUGGAGACCUCAGGGGUCGCGAGUGUGGACGGCGGUGGAGAAGAGGAGGUGCCACAGCGGGGGGAGUGUGCAGCGCUGCUCAGGAGGAGGUGGAAUAGGAGGUGGUGGAAGUUUUUCAGGGGUUCAUUUUCCUGCCAUGCAGCGGAGCUCCAGUUUCAGCCUGCCAUCCAGCUCCAACAACCCCACAGACGGCACCCUGGAGCUGCCCUGCUUCAACCACCACCUGCCCCUUCACCCCCUGUUCAUUGCCUCCCCUACCUCCCCCUCCAACCACCACUCCCUCAGGCCCCUCUCCUUGUCCCAUGAGCAGAUCAGCCUGCCAGACCACCACAGAGAGGGGGCCAGCUCACCGGACUGCAACCCACAGCUUGAGAGACGCGCUGGGCAGAGAGCAGGGGGGACUGGGGGGCUGUCGCGGAGCAAGUCCCAGCCCUGCGUCCUGAACAAUAAGAAGAUCGGUAUGAAGCGCAGGAGACCAGAGGAUGCUAAGGAACCACGGCCCUCCCUGGACCUGGCCAAGAUGACCCAGGUUAGUAACCAUGGACACACACACCCCUCAAUAGUCUGUCCAGAGUGUCUGUCAAUGCCAAAUUACUGA